GUGUCCAGUCCACCAGAUAUCGCCGUUUUAGCUUCCCUAUCCCUUUAGUCCUUUACAACCCCUCUGCCCUUAUAUUUUCAGCCAUUCCAACCUAGUGUUUCUUAUAGUCUCUCUCUUUGCCCACAAAAAUCCACAUUAACGGUACAAAUCUUUCACUCUUAUACCAAUCUUUCUCCCGCCUUUCAAUCUCUAUCUUUUUUAUUUUACAUAGCCUCCUUAAAAACUGUUCCUUUCUCCUCCUCCUCCUCCUUUUGUACUUAGCUUGAUCUUGAUUGGGAUUUCCAGUAGCAUUUGUUAAACCAUUUUAGGACAUUUUCCCACCUGAGUUUUAGCUAGUAGAGCUGAGCUUAUAGUAAUGGAUCUGAAGGAAGUAAAGGGAUCAGAAGUAGAGGAAAUGAAAACUUGCAGUGAUUGUCAUACCACAAGAACGCCUCUUUGGAGAAGUGGUCCAGCAGGUCCUAAGUCGUUAUGUAACGCAUGUGGGAUCAAAUACAACAAGAAGAGGAGGCAGCUUUUAGGACUGGACAAAGGAAGAAGUGAUAAGGGCAAAAAGAAGAGGAAAAUCAGUGGAGAAAAAAAUGGACAGUCAUUGAAGAUGAAACUGAUGGCAUUGGGAGGCAAAUUAAGAGAGGAAGAACAAGCGGCGGUACUUUUGAUGGCUCUUUCCUGUGGAUCUGUUUAUGCUUAAUAAAAUUACUACUCUAACCCUAAGUCCUUAGUUGUAGUAGCAGUAGCACCGAAUGGAAACCCCUUGUAUUCUUACUAAUUAAUUGACCCAUUUUAGUGAAGUAGUAGUUUUUUGAUGCUGAGUUCAGUUGUAAUGCCUAAUGAAGAGCAGCAGCAGAUGAGAAUGAACCAAUGUAGAAGUAAAUCUUGACUCUUUUUGAUCUAUUUCGAAUUUAGAGUUUGAUUCAAAUUGUUUUCAAAUUUUGACU